AUAUUACAUCCUGUGUCAACAACCGGUUUCGAAAUUUCAUCCAAAAUGUACAGCACUGAAUUGCAUAAUACUACAUGUACUACAAUUGAAUAUAUAGAGCUCAGCAAACUUUAAAGCUUGUUUAAUGCGUCCUUGUGAGUUCCUUGUCUACUCAUGGAGGGAAGGUGCGCUGUGGAGACAUGGGCAAAGUUCGGUAAUGUCCCAUCUACGGCCAAAGUUACUGGUGGGACGCUUGUCUUCAUCUGCGAUGGUAGCGAUGAGGUCAACAUUUUCCAUAUCGAGGAGAAAAGGAUUAUGACCACUCUCCAAUUUCCGGGACCCAUAUGCUACCUGGUUCAGAGUGAAGACAAGCAUUUGAUAUAUGCAGCAUGUGAAAGUGCAGUUUACUGUGUCAACAUUCACAUUCUUAAAUCGAGAAUUCCCACCGGAUCAGCUCCUGCUCCCAGUCUGUCAAUCUCCUCUGAUUGGCUGGCAGUCAGAGAGGAACGCGUGUGUUCUCUGCUCCUGGUUGGUUCCAUUCUUCUGACCCUGACUCAGAAAGGUGGGCUCUGGCAGUUCACUCUGUACAAAGUGCCUGCCUCUGUGGAGUCGUCAGCCAGCGGCCACGAAAAGCUUGGGGUGCUAGAGCUUCCUGUGGUGUCACCUGGGCUGUAUGAAGACGGAGACCAGAGGAGAACACCUGCCCGGAAGCCUGUGUUGAACUGUGUCCACUCCAGUGACGCUGUUCCCACCUCCUCCUCCUCCUCCUCAUCACCCUCAUCUCCAUCCCACACUCUUACAGGAGAUGGCCACUUUCUCCUCGAGCCACUCCUCUUCAGGAUGAUUUUCGGGGUGGACGCCGCUCUCGCCAAGUCCCCCAUAAUCCUUUGCGGCCUGCCCGAUGGCCGCCUAUGCUUCUUCCCGCUGCGAGGCCUUCCGUCUCGUGUCAGAGUUCUGCACAGCCUCGAGCAGCCGAUUGUCUUCAUCGGAUCAACCGUUGCCAUGGGAACGGACCCCCCUCUUCCUCAGAGUCUGGUUGCGGUCGGCGGCCUUGGGAGGGUGGUGCUGAUCCAUACCGGUGGGACGGCCGCCACCGGAACGACCGCGGCGCUGGCGUCGGGGGCGGGGCAGAAACCGCUGGCGUUCACAGAGGGCUGUGUCCCCGGGCCUGUGGUGUGCGGCUGUGUGGAAGGACGACGGCUGUACUACAGCACCCACUCUGACGUCCUGGUUCUAGAUCUAUCCGGUGGUCCUGAGCAGCAGGGAGCCACGGCCCUGAGGGGAGGGGAGGACGUGGGAGACGGGCUCCCUAGUCCAGUCAGCCUGAAUGUGUGUGGAGUCGUGGCGCUGGGCAGAGCCACGCACACUGCUGCUGCUGCAGGUGCUGUGCAGUUCCUGGCCCUGUCAGCAAGAGGGAGGCUGCAGAGCAUCACCGUACCUAAAGCAGCAGCAGCAGCAGCAGCAGGAGGAGGAGAAGAAGCACAAGGCAGAGAGCUACCCAGUCUCCCCUCCUCGCAGGUGGGCCAGAGGAUUAAGGACCUCCUGUCUGCCAUCGGAGAUGUGUGUGAGAGAGCCACAGUGUUAAAAGCGAGCAUCCAUUCCAAGACAGAGGUCCUGAGGCAGCUCAAUCAGGUGCUUCACAUCAGUAGCCUGCUUCUAUCCGACCACAACAAAGAAGACCAUCUCCCUGUGCAGAAGCGACCGAUCCGAUGUCAAACACUCUCUCAGUGGAGCCGGGUCCUGCAGAGAGACACUUUAAACCUCACCUGCGUUCUCCAAAACACAAGCCCUUAUGUGUUGGAGCAGGGCUGGACGUUCUGUGUCACCCUUCAGCCCCUCUCCCAUCCGCUCGGUGAGGCUGGAGAAGGGUCUUCUAGAACAUUGUCAUUCCCCAUCCUAGAUCUCCGGCCAGGGGGAGAGUUUGAAGUGUCGUUGCCCUUGGCAACAGCCGGCGACACGUCUUUCCCCGUGACUGUCCGCUGCUCGCUGGUGUUCAUGUUGGCCCGUCUCCUGGCGGAGGAGAAGCCCGCCGCCCCACCGGCCGGCGGCCACCCCGACCCCAGCCUCCCAGGGCUGGGCGGCGGCUGCUUCAGUCUACCCGUGGACACUCUGACCGUGGAUUGGUUGGACGCUCUCCGCGUGUGCAAACCGGGGGACGGGAAUAAAGAUGGCGGCUUCCCGCCCACGGAGGGGGCCUCCGUGGACCCCCUGCAAGCGUUUCUGGACGUCCGCGAGGUCGUGGGUCGCGGCAGGAGCGGGGACACGGGGGGCGCCCUAAGGUCCAAGGCCGGGGGGGGGCACUCGGCCUGCGUCAGGGUGUGCCAGCAGUCACUGAGCGCCGCGCUGGAGUGGGCAGCCGCUGGUGCAGCCCCGAGGGGGUCAGAGGGCGCUCCGAGCCUCUCCUCCGCCGUGCUGGACUGGCUGCUGCCGUCCUCUGGACCCGGGGGAGGGGGGACGUCGACGCGGGCGGUAGACGACGCAGUGGUCAGCGCUCGGUGUCCGGGCGGGCGUCCGGUCAGAUUGACCGCUAAGGAGGUCACUGUCGGGGAGCAGGGCGUCGAGACGGGUGGUGGAGGUCUAAAGACGGUGGAGAUCUGGGUGGAGUGCCCCUCCAUGGCCUCUGUGUGUGGACUACACCACGCUGUGCUGGGCCGUGUGCAGACCCUGCUGCAGAGGGCUCCUGAGAACCGGGCUUCUGCCGGGGGGAUUCAGUCUGCGGUUCUUCGACAGGCCAUUCAGAAGGCUGAGGCUGUGCUGCAGCGUAUCCAAGAGUCCCGGGUGCCAGAGGGUUCUGGUGGUGACUUUACAAGAGAGAAGAUGAACCAGUCUCUCCUUAGCAUCUACCACGAGCUCAGAGACAACCCGCUCCUCAUUGUCUGACGGUAUAGGCACAAAAGCUCUGCGACACUGGACGUGACUCUGUGUCGCCUCCCUGUGUUCUUAU